AUGGGUGCUUCUCUCCCAUUCGCUGCUGCUGAACUGGCUGCUCGGCAGGCGAGUCUAGGCGAGGCAGCUAAGGACCACGAGCGGGUGGUGCUCAAGGUCAGGCAGGUGGAAUUCCCCGAAGACUCUGAUGAUGACGAUAGUGAUGGCAGUGAUGACAGCGAGGAUAGCGAUGAUAGUGAGAACGGCAAGGGCAAGGCAGGCAAGGGAAAGCUGUCUUCAAAGUCGUUUGCAGUGGGGCCGGAGGUGGUGGUGGGCGUGCUAGUGAAGGGGCGGGUGGACUUCGCAGCCAUGGACCACAUCUUCGACCGCCAGUUCAGCCUGGCCCACACGGGCAGCCACAGCGUGUUCUUCUCGGGAUAUAAGACCUCCGAUGCUGCUGGUGUUGACUCCCUGUAUGAUGAGGACGAGGAAAUUGAGGAGGAUGAGGAAGAGGACGAGGAGGAGGACAGUGAUGAUGAUGACGAUGAGGAAGAGGAAGAAGAGGACGAGGCGAUGGAAGGCAGUGACGAUGAGGAAGCAGCGGCAGCAGCCAUGGCAGCUGAGAAAUCGUCUAAGGGAAUGGCGGCGGCUGCAGCGGCUGCUGUUGAGAAGCGAGCCUGUGACGGGCAGCAAGCGGGCAUCAGUGAGCAUCGUCACUCCGCCCUCCUCGAAAGGCAAGGGGGAGAAGACUGA